AUGGCCCCUUUGGCCCCUGAACUGCCGGAGGAGUCCGUUGAGAACUCCCUUGAGAAUUUUGACAGCGAGCGCUCGGACUCAGAAACCUCUGACCAGAGCCUCCGAGGCCUUUGUGCCUCGGUCGCCCUGAGGUCCCUGGUCUUAGGCCAGGUAAUUUCGAUCAUGAAUACACUGACUGGGAUCUUUUCGGCCACGCUUGCCGACGAUGGGAUAAGCAUACCUACCAUCCAGUCGAGCCUCAACUAUUUCUUGCUUGCACCGCUGCUCCUCCUUGCCUAUCCGAAGAUCCGAGCAGAAGGCCUGAGGUUGCCCUGGUGGCGCUACGCCCUCUGGGCUCUGGCAGAUGUGGAAGGGAACUAUUUGGUUGUCACUGCCUACCGCUACACCUCCGUGGCAUCGGUCAUGCUGCUGGACGGCUUCACAGGGCCCGCGGUGAUGCUGCUUUCGCGCCUCCUGCUCGGCACCAGGUACAUUGUGGGUCACAUCGUCGCUUGCGUCGUCUGCCUUUGCGGACUGAGUUUGACGGUCUUUGCAGACAGUGCCCAGAGGGAGUCAGCUCCAACUGCCUGGUCGGGGGAUCUCCUCGUGAUUUUGGGAACCUUAUGCUAUGCUGCCUCGAACGUUCAACAGGAGUUCCUGCUGAAAAAUCACUGUAGCCGCUAUGAGGCCCUUGGAAUGCUGGGCCUGUGUGGCAGCGUCAUCUCUUGCGUUCAGGCGAUCUCGCUUGAGGGCCACAUCUUUGUGGAAAUUGAUUGGGCCUGGAAAGACGUUGCCUGUUUACUUGGGUUUCAGGCCUGCCUCUUUGGGGUCUACAUGUUGGUGAGCAUCUUCCUGCAAAUCUCCGAUGCCGCCGUGUUCAAUAUGUCCUUGCUUACCUGCGACGUGUACAGCAUCCUCUUCUCUUGGCAGGUUCAGCAUAAGAACAUCACCUGGACCUACGCAGCUGCAUUUAUCCUGACCAUCUCGGGGCUCAUCUGGUACUACCGGCAGAAGUUUGACAGCUCGUUGGGUGAGAGUGAGAGUGUGCGUGCGCUGCGGAACCCUGGUGCCAGAGCGGAGUCGCUACUGUGCCGGGUGCUUGCCCAGUACGUCGCUAAAGACGACCUGGCACUCAGAAGCUCAUCAUUGCCAAGCAGUGCUCCAUGGCUCCCGAUGUCUGCUGUGGCUCGUCAGGGGUCGCCUGGUCAGCGCCAGCGCCGACGGAAGUCCGACUCAACGUACGUUCACCUUAAAGUGGUCCUCAUCUCAGGGGAGUGUGCGAACUUUUCCAUUCGAUCCGAUGCCAAAGUCUCAGAGGCCAAGGCCCAGGCUGCGGUGGCGCUGGGUGUCGUGGCAACAAGCUUGAUCUCUGACACCGGCGGCUGCCUUGUGGAUCACAUGACUUUGGCGGAGGCCGGCGUGAAAGAUGGCAGCAUAUUGGCAGCCCAGCUGGCAGACGAGGUGCGACUCUACACCAACAGGGGAGCCUUCGCAUACAUCAACCCUGACGGGGACGUUCUGACAUGGGGUGAUCCAGAGGGCGGUGGUGACAGCCGCUUUGUGCAACACCGCUUUGAGCGUCAAGUUGCAAGGAUCUUUUCUACCGAUUUCGCUUUCGCGGCGUUGCUCCAUGAUGGUCGCGUCCUCACCUGGGGAGAUCCUCUCUCGGGUGGUGACUGCUCGGCAGUCGAAACGCAGCUUGUGGAGGUCACAAACAUUGUGGGCAACCGCGGUGCGUUCGCUGCCUUGCGACGUGGGGGAAGCGUCGUCGUCUGGGGGCACCAAGCCUACGGCGCAGAUUCUACGGCUGUGCGUGAUCAACUGCAUGGCGUUGUGCAGCUUUGCAAGACCGGCAGCGCCUUCGCGGCCCUAAGAGCAGACGGCCACGUUGUCACCUGGGGCAAUGCUGCGGCCGGAGGCGACAGUCGCUACGUCUACGAUCAACUUCAACGUGAUGUAAGCUACUUGGUCUCCAACGAGCACGCCUUUGUGGCCGUCCGCCGGGAUGGGACUGUCGCAACGUGGGGCGAUCCGGCGAGGGGAGGAGAUUGCUCAGCGGUGGCAUCGAAGCUGAAGCAAGGUAUCAAGAUGAUUUGUCCAAACUCUGUUGCUUUUGCUGUCGUCUUGGAGAACAACUCGGUUGUCUCUUGGGGGCUGUCCAGCGGUGGCGGCUCGACGCGCCAGGUUCAGGCCCAGCUGAGAUCCAAAGUCCUGAAGAUCUAUGCGACUUCCCAGGCCUUCACGGCCUUGAAAGAGAGCGGCAAUGUCAUCUCCUGGGGCCUAGAGUCGGAUGGAGGGGACAUCCUGGCUCGCCCAGAGGACAGGGGCGAAGUGGACCGCAUAUUCUGCACAGACCACGCCUUCGCUGCGCUCUCCCGACGUGAUGGGCGCGUCACUUGUUGGGGUGCCAAAGAAUCCGGUGGCGACUGCAGCGCAGUGGCUUCACAGCUGCAUGGGGUCUUUGAGAUCUGUGGUACAUGCCAGGCCUUCGCUGCACUUCGCCACGACGGCUCAGUAGUGGCCUGGGGCAACCCGACCAGAGGAGGUGAUGUUGGCUCCUGCGGCCCUCAGUUGCAGGGCGGCGUUCUUCGCCUCUUCUCCAACCGGUUGGCCUUCGCAGCGGUGAAGCGUGAUGGGAGCAUUCUUACAUGGGGCGGCCGAGAUGGUGGAGGCCCGCUCCGUCCGCCUCAGCGGCAAGCACUCACACGAACUGAGAGCGGAUUGAAGGUCAAAUGA